CGUAUCUCACCUACCCCGCCAAGAUGGUGGGGUUCAUGGCAUUCUGACUCCUAUGAAGCCCACUUCGAAGCAGUUUGUCGAGCCUACCUGAUCACGACAUCGCUUCGAGAACGCAAAUUAUUGGCAUUCUCGCGAUAUCCCCAUACCGGACCAACGAGCUAUAUAAAUAUCUCGACGCUUCCCGUUUCCCAGACACGUCUAAAGCUUUGUCCGUCUUUCUCAAAAUAGUUACCUCCGGCGUUUAGCUCCUCUCCACCUUGCCUUACUCGUCUUACUCAAGGAUCCCCUAGCUUUCACCAUGCCUCUCAUCGCUUCAAACCCCAAGAACCGCAUCAUCCUGGGUCUCAUGACCUUCGGACCUGAUGAGUCCGCCGGUGCCCGAAUCACCGAUCUCGAGACGUACAACAAGGCUCUCGAUGUUUUCCAGGCUCGCGGUUACAACGAGGUCGACACAGCCCGAGUGUAUGUGGGCAGGAAGCAGGAGGCCUUCACUCGUGAGGCCAAGUGGAAGGAGAGGGGUUUGACGCUCGCUACCAAGGUUCAAUAUCCCGGACAGCCUGGCGAUCAUGCCGAAGACAAGGUGAUUGAGUCUGUCGAGACUAGCUUGAGGGAGCUCGGCACUGAAUCCGUCGAUAUCUUGUACCUCCAUGCUGCGGAUCGUGCAACCCCAUUUGCAGAGACGCUUGAGGCUCUGGACAAGCUCCACAAGCAAGGCAAGUUCGUGAGGCUAGGCCUCAGUAACUUUACCGCGUUUGAGGUGGCCGAAGUGGUCUUGACGGCCAAGUACAACGGUUGGGUCCGGCCGACGAUAUACCAGGGCAUGUACAAUGUCAUCACACGCAGCAUCGAGCCCGAGCUGAUCCCGGCUCUGCGCCGUUACGGACUCGAUCUCGUCGUGUACAACCCCAUUGCUGGUGGUCUGUUCUCAGGCAAGAUCAAGUCAAAGGACAUUGUUCCGACGGAGGGCCGCUUCUCGGACAACCACGGCACGGGAGGCAACUACCGCAAGCGCUACUUCCGUGAGAGCACGUUCAAGGCGCUUCAGAUCAUCGAGAAGGCGGUGGAGGAGAACGGGCUGACCAUGAUUGAGACGGCGCUGCGCUGGACGGUGCACCACUCGGGUCUCAAGACUGGGGACGCUGGUAACGACGGCAUUAUCAUUGGCAUCUCGAGCGUGCAGCAGCUCGAGGAUAACCUCAACCAGCUCGAAAAGGGGCCCCUUCCCAAGGCAGUGGUUGAUGCGCUCGAUCAGGCGUGGGCUAUUUCCAAGGCGGACACGACCAACUACUGGCACCUGGACCUCGAGUACAAGUACAACACCCGGGAGAAGCUGUUCGGCGAGGGGGCCAAAUGAUCGGGGUCAAGUCCGAUGAGUGGGCAGAAUUCUGAUGCGAGGUUGAAAGAAUUGCCGUGGUAAAUACGGGCAAAGUUUGAUUGUAUGUAGUCUUUGUGGUAUUAAUGGGC